AUGGCUUUACCGGCGGUUUCAAAUAUCGCGGCUCCUGCCUCCUCGGGUCGCCGCGUUGGGUCAGCCUCCUCAGUCCUCAUACACGGUUUUCUGGUUGCCCAUACACUCCUCUGCGUCGCAGUCGUGGAUGUAUGCGGCACACGCGUAUACAGUCGUCCCUCCCGUCACACCUGGGCUUCACUGUCGCCAUCCCUCGGCUACGCCGCUGCGGAGAGGGCCUAUGACGCCCUUCCGCUCGUGCGUUCCAGCCGCGGAGUGACAAGUUUCGAGGGCACAACUCCCACCCCGGCGCUGUCUCUGCCUCUGGCGCCAUUUUCUCUCCUCUUUGCAUCCUCCCACGUCGCGCCCACGGCGCCCCAGUGGGGGCAGCCGCGAAGCGACGGACGGGCUUCGAUGAUGGGUGAUGGAGUACAGCCUGUUCAAUCUUCUGGAAAGGGUCGACCGAUACUGUCUGUGGCGUUCCUUCUCGUAGCCGGCGGCAACGCUCGCGCUCGCAGCGCGGCCGUUCUUCCUCUUUACGGGGCACACAGCGAAGCGACGUUUUGGAGGCACUCUCCAGAGUCGCGGUCGGCAUCCUUCCUCAGCACCCCGCAAGGCUCUUUUUCGCCAGGCUCUCGGGUGCGGCAGGAAGGCGCCUCUGGGUCAACUCUCCGCGGCUUCUCUGCGGUCGCGGCGUCGCCCGCAGGCGGGUGUGGCUCCGCAGGUACUGCCGCAUUGCUUCGCUGCUCGCGGGAAGCGCCCCAAGGCAGUCUGCAGUCGCGGGCCUGCGCGUCCAUGAUCCACGCUGCCGAUUCUCGGUCAGGCGACGGGCAGAACCCAACGGAGGUUGACGCGGCGCCGCGCCGCUCCGCUUGUCGCCCCGACCGCGUGGGGGCAGCACGUCGACGAGGCUUUUCUGUGAUAUGCGGUGACAGUGGCGCGUCUGCGCCUUUUUCACGCGUCGCGGGCGGACUGAACGGAUUUCGGCCGCAAGAGCGCGACGCCGCCCUUCUGGAGACGACGAGCCCGCGGAGGCAUCGCCCAGCUGCCACAGAGGCGCGGAGACCGCCGCAUGCCUUUUUCCGCUCUCCGGGGCAAACGACUGUAAAAGAGCCGCCUCUGGUAUAUUGCCUGACGGGUUCCGCGCCCUCCGCAUCGAGCAGGGAAGGCGACGCGGACUGCCCUGUCGCAGGCGGGGAGCGAUUCGGUCAGACAGUUGAAGCGACACAGGGCGCAGGAGGGGUCCGACUCGCGGAGGUUCGAGAUACGCUUUGGCAGGCGCCCCUGCGGAAGCUCCCGCGCGACGCCGACGGACGCCCACGCGGCGUCGGCGGCGUCGCCAUGCAUGCGCACCACAACCGAAAACGAAACAAGCUCAACAGACCGUAUGGCCAUCGGCGCUGUCUGCUGCGGAACCUUUGCACCGAGGUGCUGCGUCACGGGGCCAUCACUACCACCUACACGAAGGCGAAGGAGUGCCGCCGAGCGACAGACAAGCUGAUUAUGCUCGCUAAGGAGCCUUCGCUGCACACGUAUCGUCAAGCGCUCGGCUACCUGUACGACAAAGCGCUGACCAGGCAGCUCUUCCUCGAGGCACCUCAGCGGUUCGCCUACCGCCCCCACGGCUUCUGCCGGUUGACAAAGCUUCCAUUCUGUCGUCUUGGAGACAACGCUCGAAUGGCUCGUCUCGAGCUGAUUGACUAG